AUGAUGGCGAUGCGACGAUUUUUGGUUGCGGCUCUACUUUUCGUCGCAUUCACUUGCGGGCAUCAUGAGUAUGAAGAACUCAAGACAACAAACGAGAACACUGCCAGUGGUUGGUCCAGUGGCGCAGAUCGAUCAGCAUCGGCCUCCUUCACCAAUGCGCAAGGCGUGUCUAUCCAAAAAGAAACGGCCAGAUUUGUCGGUGUCAACAUCUGUGGUUUUGAUUUUGGAUGCAACCCAGACAACCCCCUGAACAACGGCACCGCCCAAAUGCUCCAUUUCGUCACCGCAGACAAGUUCAACAUCUUCCGCCUCCCCGUCUCGUGGCAGUACCUCGUCAACAACGACCUCGGCGGGCCUCUGGAUUCGACCAACUUCGGAUACUAUGACCAGCUGGUUCGCGGGUGCCUCUCGACUGGCGCCUACUGCAUGGUCGACCUGCACAACUACGCACGGUGGGAUGGAAAAAUGAUUGGGGAGGACGACGGCCCGACAACCUCACAAUUCGCAGACGUAUGGAGCCAGAUCGCGGCGAGCUACAGGGGCGAGCGCAAGGUGUGGUUUGGGAUCAUGAACGAGCCGCACGACCUGCCGUCGCUCUCAUCGUGGGCCGACGCCGUGCAGGCGGCCAUCACGGCAAUCAGGCGGGCGGGCGCUGCGACACAGUACAUCUCUCUACCGGGCAGGGGCUACCAGUCGCCGGGCUAUCUCAUCGCUAAGGGCGAUGGGGAUGUCUUGAAGGAGGUCACCAACCCCGAUGGGUCAACUGCGAACCUUGUGUUUGACGUGCACCUCUACCUCGAUGCUGAAGGCUCCGGAACGAGCAAGAAAUGCGUUACGAGUGGCAUCGAGGAUCACUGGGCGCCGUUGGCUGAUUGGCUGCGGGAGAACAAGAGGCAGGCCAUCGUGAGUGAGACCGGGGGAGGCGAUACGCCUUCUUGUGAGAAGUAUCUCUGUCAGCAGCUGAGGUAUCUGGAUGACAACUCGGACGUCUUCUUGGGGUAUGUGAUUUGGGGCGCUGGGGCUUUCAAGUCGUCGUAUGAAUUGUCUAUGACGCCGUCUCUUGAGGGCGAUAUUUGGGAAGAUGUACUGCUACUCACUGAAUGUGUUGCACGUUAA